AUGCCGCCAGGGGCAGCCGCCAUGCCGCCAGGGGCAGCCGCCAUGCCGCCAGGGGCAGCCGCCAUGCCGCCAGGGGCCGGCAGAGGCAAGCCGGUCGGCGAUGGGAGGGUGCCGGGAGGGGCGCCGCGCGCCGGCAGUGGCAUGCCGGCCGGCGGGGAGCUCGCUGGCCGACGCUGCUGCGGCACGCCGCUGUCGUGCACGCCGGGCGAGCCGAAGGAGUAA